GAGGGUUCUUGAGGAUGGAACCCAAGAUUGGGGUAGGAGAGUGGAUGACAGCAACACCCGUGGUAGGGUUACUGGGCAACCAACUCAGAGCCUGCCACUGUAGGGCAGAUUGGCCGAACUUAAAUGCUCACCAAAAAGCAUCCCAAGGGAGCCAGUGCGGCUGAGGUUGGCAGGCCCCUUCUCAGAGACUCUUACAAGUCUCUUCUCUUUGGCAGGAUGCAUGGAGGUUGUCUCUUUCACAGCUGUCUGUCUCUUCCCCAGGCUUUUCUCUGUGCUCAGGCUUGGAAGACUUAGAAGCAACUCAGCCAGGCCAGUCAGCUCCUAGAGGCCGGGUACCACUGCAGGUGGAUGGGGUGACUUGCUUGCUGGCCAAAAGGGAGCCCGGCAGCUGGACAGCAGGCCUCUUUGUUACAGGUUUGAACCAUCGUCCCUCCUCCUUCCAAAAGUUUGGUUUAGAACUGCGCUGCUCCUUCCAAGGUCGAAGACUUUGGCACAGGAAACUGGCCAGUUUCAGGCUGUACCCGGAAUGAAUUGCAGGGGGCCCUCCUUCAAGGUCACACACAGCAGUAGCUGCUACCGAAGCACUGCUCAGUUCAGAGGCUGCGGGUCAUCAUGGCCGACUGCUCUAAGCAACAAGUUUCCCGAAUCUACCCAAGGUUCCUUCGCGAGUGUGUGUGGAUGAAGGUGGGGGACCCAGUGACCCAAUGGGGGGUCGGCAAGGUCUCAGAGCUACAGCCUGGGCAGAGUCGGUUGUAGGUGAAGUGUCUCGCACGCUGGCUAUGUGUAACCCUGAGGCAGCCCUGCUCCGGCAGGAGGAGAUCUUCUCAACCACCCUUACUCAAAAUAUCAUCAAUCCCAUCCUGAAGCCCCUGCUCUUGGCUGACCCAGAACCUUCAGAUCCCUGUGGCAAAGAGUGCCUUCGGCUUCUGCAGCAGCUACACAAGAAUGCCGAGCAGUUAUUGGACGUGACAGAGCAGAGCCUGCUUUCCCUGCGGCAGAGGUCAUGCUGCCAACCUUCCAAGGGUCUGGAGGCCAUACUGUUACUGAGCAAUACUAACCAUGUCCUACAAGCCCACAUGGAGUACAUCAAGUCCUAUACUGACUGCGUGGUGGUGCAAGCCUUUCAGAAGGUCUCAAAGAAGAGGAGGAGUCAUCGCAAGGCACUUUGGCAGCUGUCCCCUGGGAUCUCUGAGGGCUCGGAGGGCACCACGCUGUGCAAGGCCCUCCACCAGCCACUUGUCCACCAUGUGCAGAAAUACGUGUUCCUCCUGCUGAGCCUCAGGGACACCCUCGAUGAGAAGCACCCAGCCCAGGAACUCAUGAUGCGUGCAGUUACCCUGUUUGGAAAUCUUGAGUCCUUCAUGAAGCAGGCCUUGGACCAAGCUGUGGCCACACAGGCUCUGUGGCCGAGCCUCAACAGCCGGCUGAGGGAUGUGCUCUGUGCCCCUACUCACCGACUCCUACAGGAUAGCCAGGACAUCCCUGUGGUGGUCACCCCACUGCAGGCUGAGCGGGUGCUGCUCUUUGAUGAUGCCCUUGUCCUGCUACAGGACCACAAUGUCCACACUUUCGACCUGAAGUUGGUGUGGGUGGAACCUGGCCAAGACAAGUGUGUGCUUCACAUCCUCACACCUGAAGAAAAGUUCUCCUUUGUCUCCAGUGACCCCAAGGGCCAGGUUGCCUGGCAGCAGAAGGUGACCCAGGCUGUGUGCCAAGCCCUAUGUGACAAGAAGGACUUACCUGUGCUGGGAUCAGGCCAGGAGCCAUCUAUGCCUCCUGAAUACCGCAGUGUGGCCUAUACUUUCCACCGUGAGGGCCGGCUCUACCAGGCUACCUAUGAAGGCGACUGGUAUCAGGCCAAGCCCCAUGGCAAGGGAACCCUGAAGUGGCCAGAUGGGCGGAACCACGUGGGGGAUUUCUGCCAGGGCCUGGAGCAUGGCUUUGGCAUCUGCCUGGUGCCCCAGGCCUCUGAGGACAAGUUUGACUGUUACAAGUGUCACUGGUGGGAAGGCAGGAUGUGCGAGUACGGCAUCUGUGAGUAUGGCACUGACAAAGUGUACAAGGGCUAUUUUCAGGCCGGUCUGCGGCAUGGAUUUGGCAUCCUUGACAGUGCUCCGCAGGCCCCCCAGACCUUCAGGUACACGGGCCACUGGGAGAGAGGCCAAAGGAAUGGCUAUGGCAUCGAGGAGGACAGGGACAGGGGUGAACGCUACAUUGGUAUGUGGCAGGCUGACCAGCGUCACGGCCCUGGUGUUGUGGUCACCCAGGCAGGCGUCUGCUAUCAGGGCACAUUCCAAGGGGACAAGAUGGCUGGCCCAGGCAUCCUGCUAUGCGAAGAUGACUCUCUGUAUGAAGGUACUUUCACCAGGGAGCUGACGCUCCUAGGGAAGGGCAAGGUCACCUUCCCCAAUGGCUUCACCUUGGAUGGUUCUUUCAGCAGUGGGACAAAUAAAGGACUGUACACACAGGGAGUGCUGGACAUGGCUGCCCUCCCACCCGACCCAAGCAGUACACGCAAGAGACAGCUGGGACUGGGUGCCUUCCCUGUGGAGAGCCGCUGGCAGGGAGUCUACAGCCCCUUCCGGGACUUCGUGCGUUUAGGCUGUCCUGUGGAACUGCAGGAAGCCCUCCUGGGCUUCCAUGUGCAGAGCUCCAGGGAGCUACACAAGUCCCAGGAGUACCUGUGUGGUGAGAGGAGUGACCCCAAGGACUGUAUGGGCAGCAUGGAAGAUAUCCUGACGGAGCUGCCGCAGCACCGUGAACCCGAGGCCCUGCAGCAGUACCUCAGGAAGGCUCUGAGCAAUUCCCGACACCCCCUGGGGAAGUUGCUCCACACCCUGAUGCUGACCUUCCAGGCCACAUAUUCAGGCGUAGGGGCCAACAAACACCUGCAGGAGAUGGCCCAGGAGGAGGUGAAGCAACAUGCCCGGGAGCUUUGGGCUGUCUACAGGGGUCUGCUGAAGGUUGCCUUACAGCGCCAGGGCCAGACCCUGGAGGAGGAGAACAUGGAGACAAGGGACCUGCAGGUGCACGGGUUGCUGUUGCCCCUCAUCCUGCCCAGCUUCUACUCAGAGCUCUUCACACUGUACCUGCUUCUCCAUGAGAGAGAGGAUGGGCUGUACAGCCGGGGCAUCACCAACCUCAGCCUGUUCCCUGAUACCAAACUGCUGGAGUUCCUGGAUGUGCAAGAGCAUCUGUGGCCCCUCAAGGACCUCAAGCUGACAAGCAAUCAGAGAUACUCUCUUGUCCGGGACAAGUGUUUCCUGUCGGCUACUGAGUGUCUGCAGAAGAUCAUCACUACAGUGCACCCCCGGGAGAAGCUGGAGACACUUGAGAAGACCUAUAGGGAAAUUGAGGCCACGGUGAAACGGGUGCUGGGCUGUGAAUACAAACUGCCUAUGGAUGACCUAUUGCCACUACUUGUCUACGUGGUGUCUCGAGCUCAAAUUCAGCAUCUGGGAGCUGAGAUCCACCUGAUCCGUGACAUGAUGGACCCCAUCCAUACAGGUGGCCUCCAUGACUUUCUGCUUACAGCUUUAGAGUCCUGUUAUGAGCACAUCCAGAAGGAAGAUAUGAGGCUGCAUCGCCUGCCUGGCCAGUGGGGCACUAGAGAACUCUGGUGACAUGGCUACUCUGGACCCAGUGCCUGCCGUGGACUUUUGUGAAGCAAGCACUGCCUACCUGCUCCCUGCUGCCUUGAUCGAGGCAGGCUGUAGAGAUGGUUCUCAAAGGAGAUGGUGUUUUGCUUCCUACGGGGACACACCUUGCUGCUGCAGUGUGACCACAGAACUGGUGGCUCUCCUUUGGCCUCUGGUCUGGGCUCUGAUAACCCUUUCCCCAGAGUUAGUACCAUCUCGGGUGAAGAGCCCUGGUUCCGCUUAGUCUCAGGUCUUACUCUGUAACCAUCAGUCUCGGGGCUGCAUGGUGCAUGAUGGGUAGUUUCCAUCAUUCUUCCAGUCCAGUUCGCAGCAGCCCUUCCCCGAGAUCUGGCUUCAUUCAGUUCUUUGGACUGAAAUGGAAAUUCUCACGUCAGA